ACCUCGCGUGGUACCCGCGUUCAAUGCGGUAACCUUCAAAAUUAACGUCCGUCCAUGUGCCCUCUCAACACUCUUCUUUUACCACCAACCCACCACGAGCCUCAUUGUCGCAUCAUGACCCAGCUCAUCAUAUGGAAAAAUUUGUUCUGUCGAACGUGGACGUAAAGCUCCGUUCGUAUUUAUACCAAUGGGAACCUUUUUGCGCUCUGGAACCGAUUUUCUUCCUCGGGUCCCUGUUAUUAUUGACACACAGGAAUGGUCGGAGGGGCAGGAUUUGGAUUUGAACGGGCCUUCUUGUGUAUCUUGCUAGGUUCUGGGCUGGUACUGGGGCAAUCAACAUGGUGUAACAAGAACUACAUGAAAACCCAGCCAGUUGUACCACCUGGUGGACAGUUCCCUAUACCCGCAACGUCAACCGCUCCAUUACUCGCACUGAGAUGCGGACAAGCCGUUAAACCAUAUCUCCCAGAAGACACAGCGCAACACGUAGGAGAUCCAUCAUUCGUAUCCAUCCUCGUCGAUACCCCCAUAGUAUUCUCAAAAUUCCCCGGCGCAUCGCCAGUAACGCUUCCUUCCGGUUCAUUACCUUCUCUGUCCGUCACCGUCACUCUCGAUGGGAAACAACUCGUAUCAGGAACUGCUCCUAUGAACAGUACCAAAACCCCAUUGACGUUCUCGCUUUCUUCCAUCCAACCUCGAACGAAAGCUUACAAUCUGACAUGUACGGCCACGACCGGGGGACAGAAGUUCACGACGAGCACGUUGUUCUCGUUUUUACCUGCGAAACCGAGUGGUAUUGGAUCGGUUACGAAGAUGGAUAUGCGAACGGGAGCGUUGUUGGCGAGACCUGCGAAUGGGACGAGUGGGCCGUAUGAGAGGAUGUUCCCGAUUGGGUUUUAUACCCAGUUUGAUUCGUUUUUGGCGAAGAAUUUAUCGGCAAUUAAGGUGUUGAAGGAUCAAGGUUUCAACAUUAUCCACCCCGUUCCGUCUUUCGACAACAUGACCGCACUUGGAGCAGUACUCGACGAGAUGGAACGAGUAGGCAUGUAUCUUAUGUAUGACAUGCGAGGUACAUAUAUGAACGACACCUCUGUCACCACCCAAGUCAACCUAAUCAAAAAACGACCCAACCUCCUCCUCUGGUACACUGCCGACGAACCCGACGGCACCUCCGACCCACUUACUGCCACCCUCCACUCAAAAAACCUCAUUAACACUCUAGACGGAGGAGACGGAGCAGGAGGAAGCGGUUAUCACCCCGUUUCGCUCGUGUUGAAUUGCGAAAAUUAUGAGUUUACGGCGUAUUCUGAAGGAGCGGAUAUUUUGUUACAGGAUACGUAUACGGUUGGGAAUAAUUUGACGCAUUCUACGGUGUGGGGGACGGCGUGUACGGAGGAUUUUGGGGAUUGUGGGUGCGAUAACUGUCAUCUUGGGUUUGAAGAUGUCGUUGAUAGGAUGGAAGAGUUUUAUGAGCGUAUAUCUAUUAACGGGUGGGCACUUGAGAAAACGGUUUGGGCAGUACCUCAAGCGUUUGGGAACGAAACGUAUUGGCAGAGAUACCCAACAGGCAAAGAAUUCGUCGUUCAGAGCAUACUUGGUAUCAACCACGGUGGCCUCGGCGUCGUACCAUGGGACGAUCCCACACCGGCCGAUAUCAAAGCUUCAGCUUCCAACCUCGCAUUGGCCCUACCCAAAAUGACACCCUUCAUCCUCGAUCCGAGCGCUAAAGUUUGUCAGAUGACGACUUUGGCUGGGAUUGAUGUCGGUCUUUGGACGGUGGGCAAUCAGACGUUGGUCCUUGCGACGAAUGUGGAGCGUACCAAUGGGACUUUGGAUCUCGCGGGGUCGGAGUUGGGGUUAGGGGGGAAUGUGAGGAUUGUGGAGGUUGUGUUGGAGUCUGGUGUGGUGGUUGUGAAUGGGAGUGUGGUGGUUCAGUUUAGUGAUGUUGGGUCGGGUGGGUUUGUUGUUGGUGUUGGGCAAUGAGAAAUGAGUGUUGGUAGGGGAGAGAGUAUACUUGCAAGUUUGAGUUCAGUGUUUCAGUGUUUUCGAUACGCGUACAAAGGGGAGAGUGACAGUGGUAUCGGUCUACAUGUAUGAUAUAUGUAUAUCGUCGAGAUAAGUGAAAAUUUCUUUUUUUUGUAAGGAG